GUUAAAUUGGUAUGGUUUGAAUUAAGAAAAAAAAAAGGCAUCAGUAUUAAAAAAAGAAGAAAAAAAAAGAAUGGGAACAUGUAUUACCAUGAGUGUUGUUGAUGUUGAUGUUCGGCCAAUUCCGGUUCACCUGCUGUUGAAUUUGCGCAAUUCUGAUUGCGGGGGAUUUUGGACUCACUUUUUUAAAAAUUCUUGGUCACUUUUAAACGUAUUUUGCAACGUUAUCAACAUAUAUAUAUUUUUUAAAUCAGUGAUUUAAUUUUCCCGAUGAGUUAUAUUUUAGUUUAAAAAAAAAAAAAAAGACGUUUCAGGGCAUUAUCAUCCGAAUUACAAGAAAUAAAAACUUGAAAUAUUUCAUUUUGUUCUGGCCUCACGCAGCAGCACUACUUCCGGGAAUUGCAACACACUACAUGACCCACAAUGCACCUCGGCAAAUAUACCCAACUGCGCAAGCGCAGGACAAACGGCCGCGCGAAGAAAUUUAAUUUAAAUGCGGAACGCAAGAAAUCGACGGCUCAACACGAUUUUUUGACAUGGCAGCGGCCUCAUACUUGUCGGACUCGUUGGAUUUGAACAAAUCAUCUUCAAGCGACCAAUCUUUGUCUGACCGGAGCUCUAACAGAAGUCUGAGAGUCGCUGAAAAAGAGAGACGGAAAAAAGAGGCCAAGGACCCGUUUGUUCUGGCCGUAAAGUAUUUCUCUGACGUUAAGGCAGGUACUCCAGUGAUUGGCAAUGAUGUCGUUGAGAGGAACCUGGUUGUGGUGGAGGCGGUGGCGCACAGUAAAGGACUUCCACCUGAAGCCAUCUCUGUGAUGCUGGAGUUUGCCAUGAGCCUUCGUAUGGGAACAAGCUUAUGUGCCAGAGUGCUCAAGUGUCUGAUCCCUGCUACAGUGGUGCCUCAAGAGGCUGUGGUUCGAGCUGUAGGUUGGCUGGGUGUCUCUAAAAUUCCUACAAGUACACAAGUUCUUUUCAUUAAGUGGGUGCUCACUGUUUUUGACAUGAUUGAUGCAAAAGAUAAACUAAGAGCCAUAUAUGGCUUCAUUUUCAGCUAUGUGAGAGAUGAAAACCUGUGUCCCUACAUCUGCCACCUGUUAUAUCUUCUGACCACAAAGCAAAACGUUCAAGUAUUUCGGGUCCGAAAGCUACUCGAACUGCAAACCAAACUGGGAAGACAGCCCUUCCUUUUGCACCUACUGUCUCUUUAUAAAGUAUUUUGUCCUGAACUAGUGACACUCUCUGUUCCGUCCAGAAUGAGGAGUGGGUUCAGGAAUCACAACUCACCCUGGAAAUGUGCAUUAGCAUUAGUCCAGAAGAAGAAUGGAGUUUUACUUGACCCCAAUGCCGGUGUGACCCUCACGGUUAAAGAUCAGAGCAAGUCAAGGAAAAGGAAACACUGCCGCUUGGAACUGGUAAAGCUGAGUUGUGCGCUUAAUAAGGAGUCUCAGACUGAGUCUUCCUCCAGCACAAAAUUAGUCCCUCUGGCGCAGCUACGGACCUUUGCCGAGCUGUUGGAGAACAUGCAUCGUAUAGAGCUGCCAGCUCAAAUGGGCUCUCUGCUGUCCACCAGUGUGGCUCUGCACUACCUGGACUGUGUGCAGGAUGAGUCGGCCCUCCUUCGCCUCAACCUCUGGUUGGGCUAUGUGCUCCAAGAAGACUUUUUGUUUUGCCAAGAUGGAGGCACGAGCCAGAAUUCCGACAAGGCGCUUCACUUUUUAAGCAGGCUGCUGAUGGCAAACCAAUUUCUCCAAGAGGGGUUUUCUAGUUCUGAAGCAUUUCUUUACAAAUUCCUCACUGUUUGGGACGGGUUCCUCAUGCGACCACAGAUUCUCGGCCUGCUGAGCAACAUUUACGUGGUCCCAAGCCACAAGAUGGGAACGCUUUUGUUUGAGCCGCUUAAGCAACUCUACUUCACUUCCUCCCUGUUUUUCAAGUGUGGGCUGUUGGAAUGUCUAAACAACAUGCUGCGAAAAUGGCUGACCUGGCACUCUGUCUACGCUCUGGAAGAUGAUAUGGACAUCAGCAUAAACAGCCAUACCUCAAUACACAUUACUCUGUCAGGAUUUAAGGAUUCAGUGUUCCAGCUGGUGCAAUUUGUGGGUCACCUGGCCACCGUAGGGCUGCAGGUGGAAAGCUGCCACACGCUCCUGCUCAACUUUGUCCUGGAGUUUUACGAGACGGUGUGUGACAUGUUUCUGCAGUAUGGGCUCCCGCUCAUUGUGAUUCCGCCGCCUGGCGUUUUCUACCCGGCGCUGCUCGCCACUGACCCCGUCAGUGUGGACCGCCUGGCCUACAUCAUGUACAAAUACAAAGUGAACCUGGCAUUUUACAAAAGUCAGGAGAAGAUCAUAAAGUCUUUGCCCAGCAGUCGUCAGACCGUCAUCGAUUUCAACCACUACCAAGUUGACAUGGUCAACUACCUAUGGAAUGGCAAGAUGUUCCUGAGUGUCAAUCUGCAGCUGAAUGAAAAGUUGUUUGGAAGUAGCAAAGUCCCUGAUUGCGCCAAAAGUUUUGACCUCGUCCAUCACCCGGCCUUCAUGGGCUACGCGGUCGACUUUCAUCGCAAGCAUUGGCCUAGUAGGAGAGACCUGGAUCUCCAUUCCAUCAAGGGCACCAAUGUGUGGGACAGGUACUUGGAGUAUCUCUUCUCGCAAGGCUAUAAAGGCCUGAAACACUUUGUGCAAACCAACACCAAGCUGCCAUCGAGGAGCCGUGAAGACAGCGUGGCCUCUGAAGCAUAGUGAGGGCAGAAUAUAUGUAAAAAAUAAAAAAAGUAUAUAUAUUUUUUUUGCUGUCAACUCAACUAUUGUUCCAGUGCAAAUUGAUUGUGGUGGAAAAACUUGUACAAUACUACAGCAUUCCAUGUAAAUAAAAUGAAGAUCACAAUCAUACAGGUUAC